GAUUGAGACAGAGGGGAAAGGCUUUCGCAGCACACAGUUGAUGUAAACAGACGCAGGCGUUUUGCCUUUAGAGCACGAAGGCUGGGUUGUUGUUUUGAAAAUUGCACUGGAGAACCGAGGGGAUUUUUAUGAUGAUCAUCAUGCUCCUAGGUCCAUCUUUGCUCGCUCGCUCUCUCGCUGGCUGCGAGACGCUAGUGGACAUGUUAUGCUUCUGACUGAAAAGAGGUUGAAUAAGACGAGAAAGGAGAUUUCUUUGAAAAAAAAGAAAAAAAAAAAAAAAAAGCACAACAUCGCAUUCAGCCGGGAAACUUUCUGAAUAUUUCUGGAAGAGGAUGCUUGCCGGGUUUGUGGACCGCGGGAUCGGUGGAUGUGUGCCCGGAGGGAAGCGUGCGCGGUGUUAGCAGAAGACGCUCCCGGGCGCCGGGAGGAGCUGGCGCCGGCGGCCUCCGCGCCCGCGGAGCUCUCGGAGGUGCUGAUGGCGGUGCGCGCCCGCGGUGCGGAAAAUGAGUUUCGGGGUGAGCUGCUGAAUCAGAGGUGGACCUGCGGAGAGAAGAUCAGCAGCUGCGAGGGAGCCACCAGCCUGCACGGCACACACAUCAAGAUGAGUUUAGAAAAUGAUGAUAAGAGAGCACGCACGCGAUCGAAGUCUAUCAGAGUGCCCACGGAGCUCAUCGGCCAGGAGGUGAGCUGUCCAACUCCAGGCUGUAAUGGCUCAGGACACAUCCGUGGAAAGUAUGCAAGGCACAGAAGUUUACAAAGCUGCCCUCUAGCAAAGAAGAGGAAACUUCAGGAUGCGGAGACUGAACAUCUGGUAUCAAAGAGAAAAUCCCAUCCGCUCAAGCUGGCCUUGGAUGAAGGCUACAAUGUUGACAGUGACGGCAGCGAGGAGGCUGAGGCAAAGGAGGAGUCCGGCUCCGAUGAGUCGGAAGGGAUGCUGGAGGAGGACGAGGCGGAGGCGGUGGAGCAGGAGGAGACCCACAGCCCUGAGCCGGCAGAAGAGAGAAGCCCAGCGAAAUCGACGCAUUAUGGACAAAACACGGCAACAAGUAUGUCUGGGCCCAGCAAGGCCAACUAUAGCAGCUAUCAAGAAAUAAUCGCCAACUCUCUCCUAAACCUAGGCCAAAUAGCAGAGGAAACCCUCGCCAUCGAAGGGCAGCUGCCUGAGGCUGAGCUGCAGGGCUCCAAGCCGCCAUCCAAUGUUGUGCACCUGGUCCAUGAGGAUGCGGGAGAGGAGUUAGUGGAGGAGGAGUGUGACAAGGAGAUCAUCAUCCAGACGGAGGAUGCGGAGGAGGUCAUCGAGGUCACCAGCGAACGCAGCAGCGAGUUGUGUCCAGAGCACCGGGACGAUGCGAACUGCGAGGAGUCCUGCAAACUGGAAAAGGCUGAAGCAGAAGAAGAGGAGGAGGAGGAGGAGGAGGAGGAGGAUGAGGAGGAUGAAGAUGAUGAUGAUGAGGAGGAUGAAGAUGAAGAGGAGGAAGAGGAAGAAGAAGAGGAGGAUGAAGAGGAGGAGGAGAUGGCUCCUGAAGUGAUCUGUGAAGAAGCUCCUCACACUUCUCAGGACACCCAGAAAAGCCACUGUGAAGGGCAGUUCAGCCCAAAGCCCGAGUACUCGGUCAUCGUGGAGGUCCGGUCAGAUGACGACAAAGACGACGACGCCCGCUCCCAGAAAUCGGCGGUGACCGAUGAGUCAGAGAUGUAUGACAUGAUGACGAGGGGGAACCUGGGGCUGCUGGAACAAGCCAUUGCGCUGAAAGCCGAGCAGGUGAAAAUUGUGCGGGAGCCCAGCAGGCUGCCGGGAGAGCAUGUAAAGCACUUCCAGGUGGACGAGAAGCAGAGCAAACCGCUGGACAGCAUCCGAAAGAGCUACUAUGGCAAAGAUCCCUCAAGACCCGAGAAGCGAGAAAUCAAAUGUCCGACUCCUGGCUGUGACGGGACCGGCCAUGUCACGGGACUCUACCCUCACCACCGCAGCCUCUCCGGUUGUCCGCACAAAGACAGGAUCCCUCCCGAGAUUGUUUUUGCUUCCCUUCCCCUCUCCCCUUGCCCUUCUUGCUCCGAAGUCUUGGCGAUGCACGAGAACGUGUUGAAAUGCCCCACGCCAGGCUGCACAGGACAGGGUCACGUCAACAGCAACCGCAACACGCACAGGAGUUUAUCUGGGUGCCCCAUUGCUGCUGCUGAAAAAUUAGCCAAAUCGCAUGAAAAGCAACAAACCCAGUCUGGUGAUCCUUCGAAGACCAGCUCCAAUUCUGACCGGAUACUCAGGCCUAUGUGCUUUGUGAAGCAACUGGAGAUCCCUCAGUACGGAAGCUACCGGCCCAACAUGGUCCCAGCAACCCCCCGGGCCAACCUGGCCAAGGAGCUGGAGAAGUACUCCAAGGUCACCUUCGAUUAUGCAAGUUUUGAUGCUCAGGUUUUUGGCAAACGCAUGCUUGCCCCAAAGAUUCAGACUAGCGAAACCUCACCUAAAGCCUUUAAAUCCAAACCUUUUCCAAAGGCCUCUUCCCCCAGCCACAGCCCCUCCAGCAGUUACGUGAAGAGCACUUCAUCUUCCUCCACAGGCUUCGACUACUCCCACGACGCUGAGGCUGCGCACAUGGCUGCCACUGCCAUCCUCAACCUCUCCACCCGCUGCUGGGAAAUGCCGGAGAAUCUCAGCACCAAGCAGCAAGAGGCCCCCGGCAAGUCCAUGGACAUCGAGGUGGAUGAAAAUGGGACUCUGGACUUGAGUAUGAACAAGCACCGCAAACGGGAGAGCACCUUCCCCAGCAGCAGCAGCUGCAGCAGUAGUCCCAGCAUGAAGUCUCCAGAUAUGUCCCAGCGCCAAAACAGCACCAGUGCCACAAGCAGCACCAUGACCUCCCCGCAGUCCAGCCAGACCUCCCGCCAGGAUGAAUGGGAUGGGCCCAUUGACUACACUAAACCAAACCGUCAGCGGGAAGAGGAGCCAGAAGAGUCAGAGCCUGCUGCCCACUCUUUUGCCUCUUCUGAAGCUGAUGAGCAAGAAGUGUCGGAGGAAAACUUUGAAGAACGAAAAUACCCAGGGGAAGUUACUUUAACCAACUUCAAGCUUAAAUUCCUCUCCAAGGACAUCAAGAAAGAGCUGCUCACUUGCCCAACUCCAGGCUGUGAUGGCAGCGGACACAUAACAGGAAACUAUGCCUCUCACCGCAGCCUUUCUGGUUGUCCUCUUGCUGACAAGAGCCUCAGAAACCUCAUGGCUGCCCACUCUGCUGACCUCAAGUGCCCUACUCCUGGUUGUGAUGGCUCUGGUCACAUAACAGGAAAUUAUGCAUCGCAUAGAAGUCUGUCAGGCUGCCCUCGUGCCAAGAAAAGUGGGAUCAAGAUCACCCCAACAAAGGAUGAUAAAGAAGACCCAGAGCUGAUGAAGUGUCCGGUUCCUGGCUGUGUCGGGCUUGGACACAUCAGUGGCAAAUACGCCUCUCACCGGAGCGCAUCAGGGUGCCCUCUCGCAGCCCGCAGGCAGAAGGAAGGAUCGCUCAACGGCUCCUCAUUUUCUUGGAAGUCAUUGAAGAAUGAAGGCCCGACCUGCCCUACCCCAGGCUGCGACGGCUCUGGCCAUGCCAAUGGGAGCUUCCUCACUCACAGAAGUUUGUCAGGGUGUCCAAGAGCUACUUUUGCUGGGAAGAAAGGAAAAAUCUCAGGGGAUGAAAUUCUCAACACAAAGUUCAAGACCAGCGAUGUUCUAGAGAAUGACGAAGAGAUCAAGCAGCUGAACAAGGAGAUCAGUGAACUGAACGAGUCCAACUCUGAGAUGGAAGCGGCCAUGGUGAAACUGCAGUCACAGAUCUCCACCAUGGAGAAGAACCUGAAGAACAUUGAGGAGGAAAACAAAAUCAUAGAGGAGCAAAACGAAGCCCUGUUCCUGGAGCUCUCAGGGUUGAGCCAGGCUCUAAUCCAAAGUCUUGCCAAUAUCCGCCUUCCACACAUGGAGCCAAUUAGUGAGCAGAACUUUGAUGCGUACGUGAACACGCUGACUGACAUGUACACCAACCAAGAGUGCUACCAGAACCCAGAGAACAAGGACCUGCUGGAGAGCAUCAAGCAAGCCGUCAAGGGCAUCCAGGUUUAGUGCCGUGGACCAGGGAUGAGCAAGCGAACAGACUGUAAGAUGGAACUUUCCCUCCAAGUAUUCAGGUUUACAAGUUAGAAAACUUGUUUAAUGAAUGAAA